AAGUCAUUUGCAGAGAUCAACCUAUGAGAAUAUAGACAACGCUGUGGCUAUAGUUGGUAUCGCCGCCAUCACGCCAGGGGCUGAGAACAUCCGGGACUUUUGGAGACUUCUCAAGAACGGCGAAAGCCACAUCACGGACGUCCCGGCCUCCAGGUGGCAUAUCGACGCCUUUUACGACAGCGACCCCCUGAAACCAGGAACAGCCUAUGUCAGGAAAGCAGGCUUUGUCAAGGAUGCAGAGAAGUUUGACAACGCCUUCUUCGGAAUCAGUGAAUACGAGGCAGCUUCUAUGGACCCCCAGCAGAGCCUUCUCCUGGAGUGCACUUAUAGAGCUCUAGAAAAUGGCGGCAUUACCCACAUCUCUGGCACAAACACUGGCGUCUUUGUAGGAGCAAUGACGUCAGAUCACGCCGUUUUUUAUCCCGCGGGGUCACCGGAAGUGGACAGCUACACGGCUACUGGGGUCAGCAGCUCCAUGCUAGCGGCCCGGGUAUCGUACGUGUACAACCUGCUGGGUCCCUCCAUGGUCAUCGACACAGCCUGCUCCUCGUCACUCGUGGCCAUCCACCAGGGCAUUCAGGCCAUCAAGAACGGUGACUGUGGCAUGGCCAUCUGUGGAGGGGUCAACUACAUUGGCGCACCAACCAUGUUCGUCCAGCUCUCCAAAACAAAGAUGUUGUCUCCCACCGGUCAGAGCAGAGCCUUUUCAGCUGAUGCCGACGGUUAUGUCAGGGGGGAGGGCUGUGGGAUUGUGGUCCUGAAACGCUUGAAGGACGCACUAGACAACAACGACCACAUCUGGGCGACCGUGGUGUCAGGGGUCAACCAGGACGGACACACGGUGACGCCAGUGACGGCUCCCUCAGGGACACAGCAAGAGAAGCUGAUGACAGACAUCUACACCAAGUACGGCGUCGACGUCUCCAGGCUGGACUACAUCGAGGCUCAUGGUACAGGGACACAAGCAGGAGACCCUGUCGAGGUUAACGCCAUCGGGAAGUUUCUCAAGGCGAUGGGCCAGCCCCGCACUCGCUACAUCGGUUCUGUCAAAACUAACAUCGGUCAUCUAGAGGCAGGCGCUGGCGUCAUCGGUGUCAUCAAGGUUCUGCUGAUGAUGAAGCAUAACACAAUUGUUCCAUCCCUGCACUGUAAAAAGGUCAACCCGCUUAUUGACUUAGAAAACCUUGGACUUAUUGUUCCCCAAAGUCUUGUUGAAUGGGAAAGUAAAGACAAGAUGGCGUGCUGUAACUCUUUUGGGUUUGGAGGAACUAACAGUCAUGUUGUUUUGCAGACAUUUCAUAAAGAAAAAAAUCUUGUGAUAGAGACACGCAGUUCAAAUGUCGUCUGCUUUUCAGGAAAAACAAAGCAAUCGUUAAUUGGCUCGAUGAAGAUGAUAAGAGAGAUGGACUUUCUUGGAAUGGUCGAUGGCCCUCAAGAUGAAAAAAGUGAAGAAAAUCUUCUCACAAACAUUGCAUACGUGAGUUCAGUCAAACGGACUCAUUAUGUUUUCAGAAAAGCAUUUGUUGUCGACAAAAUUCCAGACCUGCGACAUUCCAUUUCGUUCUGUCUUGAGCAAAAACUACAACAUGAUUUUUCAAGACGCCGACAUGUUGUCUUUGUUUUCUGUGGCAUGGGCACAACUCGGCCAGGUAUGUGCCUUCAGAUGAUGAAAGAGUUUCCUGUCUUCAAAGAAACAAUGCUGAGAGUUGACGCCAUCCUUAAAGAAAUCAUUAAAACUGAUCCUUGGUCGCUGGUAGACCGACUUAGUAAAGAGGAUCCAAGUACAGACCCUGUAUUAUCUCCCAUUGCAGUUUUUGCUUGCCAGGUGGCGUUAGUGACUCUAUGGAAAAGCCUUGGAGUCACACCUGCUUGUGUUUUGGGGCAAAGUGUUGGGGAGGUUGCUGCGGCCUACACUGCAGGGUGUCUUAGCCUUGAGACUGCUGUCAAGGUAAUCUAUUACAGGUCAAAGGUCCUCGCACAAGUCGCUGGAGGUCAAAUGAAAGUAAUAAAAAAUUGCAGCGUAGAAAAGAUUCGAGAAAUACUCCAAGUUUUUGAUAAGGCGACUAUAGCGCUGGAGUACAGUCCCGUGUCUUGUGCAGUGAGCGCUGACAGCGACACCAUGGCAAAAAUCCAUCAGAGUCUGGCACCGCAUCUGUAUUCCGAAGACAAACGAGUCCAGCUGAUUCCUCUUAAUGUGCCUGUGGCCUAUCAUAGUCAGUUUGUUGAAUCUUGCCAGCCGGAACUUGCCAGUGUACUGGACAAUAUUGAGGCAAAGUCUCCUAAAAUACCGUACAUUUCCGCUGUUACUGGAGAGAAAAUGACCAGUGCUCCGGGUCAAGGUUAUUGGGUCAACCAUCUUCGCAAGCCAGUCCUUUUUGGCAAGGCCGUCCAGACCGCGAGGAAAGAAAGUCCCACAAACACCGUGUUUGUCGAGAUAGGACCGAUAUCAGUCCUCAAGGCUCAUCUGAAAGAUAUUUUCCCAACGGAGGACAUCCCGUUGAUCCAGUCGAUGUAUAGUUCUUCAGAGACAAAAGUUUUCUUGCAGUCAGUUGCCUCCCUGUAUGAACUGGGUGUAGAGGUGACAUGGGCGGCACUGUAUAACGGUUCUCAUGACAUCGUGGACAUUCCUAGGUAUGUAUUCGAUAAAAAGAUCUCAUUGAACCGAAGUACAGCUCGUGCGUUGAUUCCAUCUGGUACACAGCAGGUGAGUCAUCAUCCUUACCUUUCUCGAAUGCCAAAUACAAAUGAUUUCAAGAUAACGUUGUCUACGGUGACAACAUCAUUUGUUUACGAUCAUAGGGUCAAAAAUCACGUUCUCGUACCCGGAGCUGUCUAUGUGGAAGCAGGACUGGAGGUCGCCCUCCACUUGAGGUAUGAUCCUCACAACCAGGCAGUGGUGUCAGUAGAUUUUAUGAGCCAUGUGUCUGCGAACAGCGGAGAAUUUAUGGAACUUGACUUAAAAUCAGACACGGAUUUGAAUACUGGAAAUAAACAACACCUUGGAGUGUCAGUCAGGAAAGGAGAACGAGUCAUUGCAAUUGUCCACAUUGAAUGGCAACCACUCUUACCCACAACGCAGAGAACAAUCAACCUGCAACACAUUCGCGAUAAAUGCACUGUUUGCGUACAGAAAAACAAAAUUUACUUUUCUUUGAAGCGUCUGGGUUUCGAAUAUGGUAAAACAUUUUCUCUGUUAGAAAAGGCCUAUCGAGGUGAAGGUGAAUGCCUUGCCCAAAUCAAAGUCAUCUCAGAAGUAUCCAAGGACUUUGUCAGUACGACCAUCCACCCAUGCGUACUGGACGUUAUGUUUCAGUCCGUUGUCGUCAUUAACGAUAAUGAAGAAAAUAGUCAUCUGCAGCUUCUUGCCGAUACAGUUAAACGACUGAAGGUGUUUGGUGCAAUGGAAACAGUCAUGUAUGUUCAUUCUCGCUUUAUUCGUGAUGACGGCAAGCGCUCAAGCUACAAGCUGACCCUCCUGUCCACAAAGGGACUCGUUCUCGCGACUGUGGAGGAGUUCAUCUUAAUCAGAAUCAAUGUGGAGGAUCAUUGUGGUCUCCCAAUGCUGAUGGCGAUGCACUGGUCCCGUGUUUGUAAAAUGUGGGAUGUAGACACCCGCAUUUCUGAACACGCUUUCAUCCUGCACACAAAGCAAAGUCCUGGAAUAACUGAGGGCAAAAAUGUCACGUGCUUGAGACUGUCUGAUCAUGCCAGGGAUUGGGACGAGAUUUACGAUGAAGUGAAGACGGUGAUGCAAGACGCAGCUUGUGCUCCUGCUAUAGUUGUGGUCUGCGACACAGAGUUCUCUGAGAACGUGAAUUGUGACGACCUUGACCUCUUGGUGCUCAACACUUGUGGAGCUGUACACAGUGUACUGAGACUUGCACGUGACUUAAACUUUAAAAUGCCAGUUUACAUCUGUACAAAUGGAGCCUGGCCCACGGUUGGCAGUUGUGAACAAAUUCAGGUGAACCCGGCUGGGACCUGUGUCUGGGGCAUGAUGAGAACCGCACAGGCCGAGAACUUGUACCCUCACCUGGUCACUGUUGACCUUCACAUUCCGGCGAAACACCUGACCUCUCAGUUCCUCAGCCUCAUGGCGCUAAACCUCUCGAGCUCCCAUGAACUUCGGGACAACUCGGAAGUUUUGAUCACGACAAAAGCUGUUUAUGUCAAUCGGAUUAAUCGUGUUGACAGACAUACGACUGUGCCCCUGCUCAGGGACCUACCGUUUGAUUUAGACGAACACUUUUUGGUAGUUUCUAAUGAAGCAGAAGUUUUGUCCAAUGCGUUUGCUGUCAAAAUUUCCGCUCCAAUGGACAUGAACACAUGCAAUGUCACCAUAACAGCAGAUAGCUUUGCACUUCCAUCGCCUUACCUUACAAAAUCCCCCAUUGUCUACAAUAAAAACAUAGCUGGUCCAAACAAAUAUUUAGUGUUUGCCCUCGAAACAAUUGGUCAGUUAAACCAAGGAGACAACACUGUGAUCGUUUCGUGUUGUCCUGUUAAGGCUGGAAGAAGGGUCUCAGUUCCCAUAGAAACAAUCGUACCAGCGUCAUUGAUUCCAGACUAUCGCGCGGGAGACUUGACGAAGCUUGUUUUACUGUUUGCGCUUUCUGAGAGAGUUUCCACUGAUGACAUCACCAUCUUGACCUCUGACAAUCACGUGGGAUUGGCACGUGUCAUGAAAAUGAAAUUAGAGACAGACAACAGGACAAGGGUAGUCAACGUUGAAGAGGCUCGAAACCUAAAGUCUGCGACUAUCCAAUCGGAAACGGUGGUUUCUUUUAUUCUUCUCGACAGUGACGUCAUCUCUACGUUAGUCGGACAGUGGUCAAAUGCCAAACGUCUUGUUACCUGUGAUGCUCUGAUAACACCAGAAGCAAUUGCUUACCUUGCUUAUAUGUUCCCUGAGGUUGACAUUCAAUCUGUUGAUACACAACUUCUGUUUAAGCCUUACAAGCUGAAACAUUUUGUUGUAGAAGUGAAGUCGUGGCUUAAAGAACAAUACAAAGAAAAAUUGUCACGCAUCUCUCGGUAUAUGCACUCUUUUGAAAAAGCUUAUGUAGCGAAUUCUGAAAUUUGCGAGAACAUGCUCAGUAGGAUGUUGUCCUUUACAGAACUGAACCUCAGAAACACGACCGUCAAGGUUGACUCCCAGAAUAUGUUUCAUGGUAACUCUGUGUACAUUGUUGUCGGGGGCCUACAAGGACUCGGGUGGAUCGUUGUGAAGUUCCUAGCCAGAAAUGGAGCAAAGAACAUUGCAAUAAUCCAGAGAAGAACUCCGUCAGCAGACCACUGCUCAAACAUCGCAGGAGUGUGCAGCCAGUUCCACGUCAUUAUUCAUGUUUUCCAGGCCGAUGUCACCAUCACCAAGUCUGUGGAAGAGGUUUUAUACCGAGUUGGGGAAAGGUUUGCCAACGCUGCUUUGAAAGGCAUUUUCUUUGGUGCAGCUGCUGUUGAUGAUGGUGCUUUCCCUUCAAUGAACAGAGACAGAUUUGACAAAGCUUUAGCACCGAAGGUCAAGGGUGCCUGGAAUUUUCAUCUCCUGACCAAGCAUCUGCCUCUGGACUUUUUUGUAAUGCAUUCCUCCGCGGAAUCUGUUUUAGGCUACCAGGGGCAGGCAAACUACUCUGCAGGAAAUGCGUUUCUGGAUGGCUUAGCCUACUACAGACGCCAUCUUGGGCUACCUGCUCAAUCGUUUAGCUGGGGACCCCUGGCCACAGGACUGCUUGACAACAAGGAGGAUGCCCAGCGUAAACUCGAAUCCAAGGGCUUCUACUUGAUGUCAGAGGCUGAGAUCGACAAAAGCUUGUCUCCCCUUCUGAUGCUGAACUGGCCUCACUGCGCUCCCAUAAAGCUCGAUGAAAAGCAAUAUUUCGCUCGGCUGAAAGCAAGUGGAAUACAACAUAUUAUCAAACGCUUUCAGUUCUCAGUGUCACUAGAUGUCACAACACCAAAUUUUGACAACAUUGAUGUGGCAGCGGCCAAAACGAAAGACCCUGCAGCUCGCCUGGAACUGUACCGCUCCUACGUCAGGCAACUAGCGAGCAGGAUACUAACGGUAGAUCAGUCACAGGUGACACUGGACACCAACCUGACCGACCUUGGCUUGGACUCCGUCUCCUCUACAAUGUUAAUUGACCAAAUAUACCGCGACACAAAUAUCAGACUGAGUGCUGUUAUCCUCAUCUCUGGUGAGGCGACAGUUGGCAACAUAGCCCAAACCCUCACUGAUAACUCUGACUCCUCAUCUGAGACAUAAACUGACACACACCAUGACAGACGAUGUAUUGAAUGAGUAUGUAAUAACCUUUGAACCCUAGCGUUUCCUGUUCUCAUACGUAUUCCUUGUAGUGUGCUAUUCCACAUCUGACUACUUUAUUCUUUGUACAUUUAUGAGUACACUGAAGCAGACGCUAUUUGUGGUUGUCCCUGCCGGACUGUCAGUGAUUUUCUACGAAACUAUUUACAGACUAUAAGGUCAUUCAGUUGCUGUCACUGUAGAUAUGCUUCAUGUAGCAUUUAUUGUCCAACAGUAUUAUUUCUUCACAAUUUCCAGCCUCCUUAAUUAUGAAAAAUGAACAGAUUGAGUCGACUGGUAGGGUUGCAGGAUACUACAGAGUUUUUACAAGACUGUUGAGCUCUCUUCCUUACUCUCUAUAAAGUGCUUCAUCAUUCUUCUAAAUAACAGUCAUAAUGGUGCACAUAGUGCGUAAUCCGACUUUAUUCCUCAUCCAUAACUAUUUAGUAAAGGCAAAAAAUAAAUUAUGAAAUAUGUUUAUAAAGAGUAAACAAGGCAGGAUUUUUGUAUAAAAAUGUAUUCCAGAAAUGCCAGCGUUGUAAAUCUGUCCUGCAGUAUUGCAAAUAAAGAAAAUGCCAAGUCAGCCAAAAGUAACUCUUGGUUUAUUUUAAAUGAACUGCUAGUGCUACAACAAAUUGUAUAAAGUUUGGCCAAGUAUCCUUCGUAAUCCGUUUGUUUACAGACGUGUCCAUUACUUUUUAUAGUUUGUAAAACUUUCUCUUAAGCCGAAAGUUGUUUAUGGAAUUAAGCACGUUUUUGGAACUGUUAAUCAGUCUAUGUCUAUUAUGUCUACUAUUUCCAAGUAGACUUUAUAUUUGUUUAACAAAUGUAUUUUUGUGUUGUGCUAUAAAACUGUUGUCAAGGACAUUUAUUGAUCGACUCGAGAAGGAACGAAGGACCAAGAGACUGAUUGAUAGUAAGAAGUAGCGGGCGUGGAAACAGACUUUCCCUUUGUUGCCACCUCCGUCCUCACCUCGCUAAAAUAAAGUUGUAUAUAUAUAUAGAUAAAGAGUAAUUAAGAGGGAGGUUACAAACAGAAAGAAAGCAGACAGGGAGAGGACGAAUCCAACCAGAAUUAUGAAAUCUCAUGUACCCGUAUUUUCACAGAUAUACCAUAUGUAUGUGUGUAUCAGAAGACAGUCCGUCUCUGAAGUUAAAAAAUUCUACAUGAAAAAAAAAAAAUACUAAUGUUCGUUGUUUAGAUUGUUGUUGUAUGCUUACUAUCUUUCUAAAUCUUAGUAGACUUAAUUUUAAAAGUACUUUAAUGCUGUAUACAAACCAUCUCACUGUUGCAAUGUUAUUCAUGGAAGCAGUUUCUUGUUUCAAAACUCUUUGUAGAAACAUAAUGACUACAUAUUUGCAUGCCAAAUGCCUGGCCUAAAUUAUAUUCACAUAGUCGCUGUUUUUCACUUAAAAUGUAUUCCGUUGGCUGAUAUCCGCGUAUAUCAGUUAAACUAUUUUUGUUGUAAUUUAUUAUGAUUUAAUGUAAGUAUUGUAUCGCAUGUUUAUCUAGUGAUAAACAUGCUUAGACUUAAAAAAAAUAUGUUUGUUUUUUGUAAGGGCAAACUAGUAUUUUCUUGAUUGAUGCCUUACUGUGCGUACUAUUAAUUUCCGUCUACUGUUACGAUUGGACAGCAUUUUGCACUUAAUUUCAAUAUUUAAAAUUUUAAAUUGUAAUAAGCAUGAAAUGCAUGUAGCUAUUGAGAUACACAUGAGAUAUUACCCUUUUUAUUCAUUGUAUAUGUUUUUUUUGCAUAAGUGAAAGUAAUAGUUUUGCCUUCAUAUGCCCACAUUCUUAACACUUAUUAAUCGUUUAAAGUAAUGUAUUCUAAUCCUCUGUGAGCGUCAGUUAUAUUUUUUCAAUAAAAUUGGACUUUUC